AUGGCACAGCAAGGAAUUCAGAUGGAUGAGCGGAAAGUCUGCUGUUCGAUCUGUCAAGAUGUACUGAAGGAUCCGGUGACUAUUCCCUGUGGACACAACUACUGUAUGAACUGUAUUAAAAGCCACUGGGAUGAAGAGGAUCAAAGGCAAGUCCACAGCUGUCCUCAGUGCAGACAGACCUUCAUACCGAGGCCUGCUCUGGUGAAAAACACUGUUUUGGCAGAUUUAGUGGAGGAACUGAAGAAGACUGGACUCCAAACUGCUCCAGCUGAUCACCGCUAUGCUGAACCUGGAGAUGUGUGGUGUGAUUUCUGCACUGGGAAAAAGCUGAAAGCUCUCAAGUCCUGUGUGCAGUGUCUGGUCUCGUACUGUGAGCAGCACCUCCAGCCUCACUAUGAAUCUGCUGCCUUUAAAAAACACAAGCUGGUCGACCCCUCCAAGAAGCUUCAGGAGAGCGUCUGCACUCGUCACAAUGAGGUGAGGAAGAUUUUCUGCCGCACUGAUCAGCAGUGUAUCUGUAUUCUCUGCUCCAUGGAUGAACAUAAAGGCCACGACACAGUUUCAGCUGCAGCAGAACGGAGUGAGAAGCAGAAAGAGCUCGAGCCGAGUCGACAAAAGAUCCAGCAGAGAAUCCAGAGCAGAGAGAAAGAUGUGGAGGUGCUUCAGCAGGAGGUGGAGGCGAUCAAUCGCUCUGCUGAUAAAGCUGUGGAGGACAGUGAG